AGGAACCGGCUGCUUCCCUGCCCACGGCACCGCGGUAGCUGGGUGCUUCUCCUGGGGGGGCUCUGCCUGCCAUGGAGCAUCUGGUGCUGGGCUUGGUGCUGCUGUCCGGGACCCUGGACACUGCCAGACCCCAGCACUGGCAAGACCUCGACCCCGUCGAGAAGGUGGCACUGGACAUGGCCCCCAGCUUCUUCGAUGACCAGUACCAGGGCUGCAGCCGCAUGAUGGAGGAGGAGCUGGAGGAGCUCAACCAAACUGAGUUCACCAACAACAGAGUCUACGCCAGGGCCUGGACCUACGCCACUACUGAAUGGCAGAGAUGGAAGGCCCGCAUCCGUGAGCUGCCAGCGCUGCGGCCAGACCAUACGGUCGCCCUGAUGGCAUAUAUCCUGGAUAGCAACGUGUACGGGGAGUUUGAUGCAGCUGUACGUGUGGCCGGGCGCUCCCGCGAGGAAUACCUGUGUGCCUUCCAUUUCAAGGUGCUGCAUUUCCUCCUGAGCGAGGCCCUGCGUAUCCUGCAGGACACCCAGCCACAAAAAUGCCACCACGUCUACCGAGGUGUAGACGUUCGCUUCACUGCCCGGCACCAACAAUCCAUCCGCUUCGGACAGUUCACCUCCACCUCCCUACGGAACGACAGCACCCAGCACUUCGGUCAGGACACCUUCUUUUCGAUGGAGACCUGCUAUGGUGUCCUCAUCAGGAACUUCUCCUUCUUCCCCACGGAGGAGGAGGUCCUCAUCCCGCCCUUUGAGAUCUUCAAGGUCACCAACAUCACCCACAAUGGGAAUAGAGCCUUCAUCCAGCUCCGCUCCCAGGGCGCAAGCAGCACCUACAACUGCGAGUGGGUGAAAGAGAAAAGAUCCAAGACCAUGGCGUGCGUCUUCAGCGCAGGCAGGAGCGUCCAGGGGGACCCCCCCCGCCUCUGGGGGUUCCUCCUGGCAGCCGCGGCCCUGGCAGCCGCCGCAGGAUCCUGAGCCGAGAUGCCACCGCUGCCACGGCACCAUGGCGAGGGAAAGGGGUCGGGAACGGGAGCCACCAGCUUCACGGAGCCAGCGGGACAGGACGGG